CGGUAGCGGUCAUGGCUGCAAUUUUAAAGUUCGGUUUAGCGGCGUCAAGCGGCCGGCAAAUUACUCCGAAAGGCACAGUAGUAAGUACACGUCGAUUUGCCAGGAUGUCCGAGUUAUUGGACAAGGUGCCCGACGUGGACAUCGACGGCCACGGGAGAUUCAAGUAUAUCCUGAUCAACGUGCAGGACGACGUCGGCAAAGCUAGCAAGAAGAUCGUCAGGGGAUACGCGAGAGCGCAGUGGCACGGUAAGUUCGCACUUUCGCAGUACGUAUAUGUCGUAUAUUCGCAUUGUUAUGUUUUGCCGCUAAGUGACGAACAACGUUGAACAUCAGAGAUGUUG